AUGAACUUUUUAAAAGCUGAGAUCGAGAGAAAACGAAAGGAUAUUGAGUCAUUUCAGACCGAAAUACAAGGGCCUAAGAAAAAGAAAUAUAUACAAAGGGCCGAGUUAGAAAAAUUAAGAGAAAAGCAAUAUUUAGAAAAGCAAGCUGAAACAGAAAGAAAGUGCGAGGAAAGACGCAGAGAAUUAAACAAAUCGCUUGCGUCAGUCGCUGAACAGGAAAAAGCAGAAAAAUCUGCCUCAGACAAUGAAACAACGAAAGAAGAGAAAGCAGAAAAUGAUUCUUCUAAUCUUUCACCAGAAGAAGUCGUUCGUCGUUUAAGAGCAAAAGGACAACCAAUCCGUCUUUUUGGAGAAUCCGAUAAAGAUCGCAGAACACGUUUACGAGCUCUUGAACUUAUCGAGGAAAGGUCAGAGAAACGACCCGAAGAUGAAGAAACUAAUCGUCCAUCUAAAAAGAAAAAAGCGGCAGAGGAUUUAUUUUUGGACACUACUCCGAUUAAUAUUGAUUUAAUAGAAAAAGAUCCAGACAAACUUUACGUUCUCAUUUAUACAUUCUUCAAGCGUUUGUUGCGAGAAUGGGAACAAGAAAUGAAUAAUCGACCAGAUCAUAUCAAAAGAAACGUAUUGGCCCGAGUAACUGAAAUCACACAUUAUAUGCAACUUCGUGAAUACAUGAAUGCAAAUGAUGCUUAUUUGCGUCUAUCUAUCGGAAAUGCACCUUGGCCUAUUGGUGUCACUAUGGUUGGUAUACACGAACGUUCUGCACGUGAAAAGAUUUUCUCUGCCCAGGUUGCUCAUGUACUUAACGAUGAAACUACACGCAAAUGGAUUCAAUCUAUAAAAAGAUUAAUGACUUUUUGUCAAACAAAGUACCCACCAGCUGAUAAUUCACAAUUAAUGGGUUAA